UCCACCACCCCUUCAGCCUCCUUUUUGACUACUCUAUUCUCUCACUAGACAACAAUGGUGAACCCGCAUUACGACUUCCUCAUCAAGCUCCUGCUCAUCGGCGACUCUGGUGUCGGCAAGUCAUGCUUGCUGCUGCGGUUCUGCGACGAUGCUUGGACACCUUCAUUCAUCACAACUAUUGGAAUUGACUUCAAAAUACGUACCAUUGAGCUUGAUGGAAAGCGGAUCAAGCUUCAGAUUUGGGACACAGCCGGACAAGAGCGCUUCAGGACCAUCACAGUUGCAUAUUACCGCGGAGCGAUGGGAAUUCUACUUGUCUACGAUGUAACGGACGAGCGGUCGUUCAACAACAUCCGCACGUGGUUCUCAAAUGUCGAGCAGCACGCAUCCGAAGGUGUAAACAAGAUCUUGAUUGGCAACAAGUGUGACUGGGACGACAAACGUGCGGUGAGCACACAGCAGGGUCAAGAGCUAGCCGACGAGCUGGGAGUGCGUUUCCUCGAGACGUCGGCGAAGCAGAACAUCAACGUAGAGGAGGCCUUCUUCAGCCUUGCUAGGGACAUCAAGGCACGGCUGCUUGAUACACUUCCCGAUCAGGGAGCAGCUGCUCCUGGACAAGCAGCAACAGGAUCCGUCAAGGUCGGCCAGCCGAACACCGACCAGUCAAGCGGUUGCUGCUAGACAUCAUGUCAUCGUCGUUUGCGUUAUUUCCUGUAUACCACCUCUAAUCCUUGUUUUCUCUUCGUCCUUAAUGCCUUGUACAGCCGAGGAAUAUACGGUUACAAAGC